ACAAUCGGGAGGCGGGUCCUGUAUUGAAAAGGGCGGCGUUAAUAACCGAACCUCAAGAGUUCUCGUGCCCGUAGUACCGCUUCCCAUUCAUUUUGUUUAACCACAUGCUGGAUGAGGGCUGUCACAAAGGGGGCUGCCGGAGCGUAAUGAAAGAUGAGGAGAGAAAUCGCAGCUGUGGUUUUCUUCCUGAAGAGGCUCGUGAAGAAGGGAGGGAAGCUGGAGUCGCACAAGAUCGAUCUGUUUGUUCAGAGGCUGAGUGUUGCACUUCAGGAGAAGCUCAAGGGACACUGGUACCCUGAAGACCCCAGCAAAGGACAGGCAUACAGGUGCAUCCGAAUGAACAGUUUCCACAAGCAGGAUCCGGAGGUCCUUCGGGCUUGCCAAGAGAGUGGGGUUCAGUUCAAUGACCUGAGACUGUCCCGGGAACUUACAUUGUGGGUGGACCCUGGUGAGGUCAGUUGCAGGUACGGAGAGAACAAUCCCUGCUUCUCAGUUGCCAGCUUCUCAAAAUAUGCUGAGGGGGACACAGAUAUUGCAGAGGUGACCAGUGCUUUGGAGCGGGCGACCUCAGACUACCACUCGGGUUCUUCGUCUGAUGAGGAAAGCACGCGCACGUCGCCUCUCACUGUCUUCAACGGCCGCAAUGCUUACCAGAAUAUGAAUCCUGCUGCCCCUACGUGGCAUCCUAAGAAGCCUGUACUGGGAAAAGCUCCCAUCCUUCCACUGCCGCACUACGGCUUCAGGAUGCGCGGCAGAGCCCCCCCGACUUACAGGCCCAGUCCGUGGGCCCCCCCUGGCUAUGGAGGACGGUCGUCUCGGUACUGGGACUCAACCCCAAAUUUGACACUUAACUACAGAUAGAAACCGUGGGGCUUGUUCUUUACACUAGACAUUAAAACUAAAAAAAAAACUUUUUAAUGGCUGAACUAUGUUCAUUUUUUUAAAGAUGAUUUUUUUUAAUAGAUUACGUACAAUUGAGUUAUUUUGCACUUUAGACCUUUUGUUAUAUUUAAAAUGAAUCACUGGUAUUUAAUUAGAUGUUGGAAUACACAUGUUGAAGUUCUGUAUACGAUAGGUGUUCAUCUAUGUCAUGUAUUUUGUCCCUUUUGUGGUCAAAUGUUUUAUUUAUGUGUAGUGCAGAAUUGUAAGGUGCAUAGACUUAAAUUAACAUAGUUUUAUUAAACACAAUUUCCAAGCAU